AUGGAGGAUCAGGAAAAAAAGAUGCUGAGCGACGAUGGAGACUUCACAAAAACAAAAGAAUCUCCGAAAACGGCAGUUUAUAUAUUCGACACGAAAGAGGAGCCAGAACGACAGCGAUGGUCAAAUAAAGUGGAGUUCGUUUUGACUUGCGUCGGAUUUUCCGUUGGCCUAGGAAACGUUUGGAGGUUCCCCUAUCUUUGCUACAAAAACGGCGGUGGCGCUUUUCUCAUUCCGUAUUUCAUCAGCCUUGUAUGUGCAGGAAUACCAAUCUUCUUCUUAGAGGUCGCCCUUGGGCAGUUCAUGAGUCGAGGUGGAUGGAAAGUCUGGAAAAUAUGCCCACUUUUUACAGGAAUAGGGGUUGCCAAUUCCGUCAUCGUCUUUCUCAUGAAUAUCUAUUACAUCAUGGUUCUCACGUGGGCUGCUUACUAUUUUUACGUGGCAAUGACGUACGCUGGAAGUGGAGAUGUACCCUGGGCUCAUUGUAACAAUACCUGGAACAGUGACAUGUGUGGUCGAGCUCCCUCGUACAACUGUACAAUGGCCGAUGGCCUUCUGAACAAAACAUGCGGGGCAAUCAAAGAUGAAAUCAAGAAACAAUACGUCGAACCAAGUGUUGAGUUUUGGGAGAAAAGAAUACUGAGAAUAUCGUCUGGUAUACAUGACUUGGGCAGUGUAUUGCCAGGUCCAACUAUAUGUCUUCUAAUCUGUUGGAUACUGUGCUAUGCCUGUAUAUGGAAAGGUGUCAAGUGGACUGGCAAGGUUGUCUACUUCACUGCCUUAUUCCCAUAUGUAAUCAUCACGAUCCUGUUAAUACGUGGAGCAACACUAGAUGGCGCCCUUGAUGGUGUCAUAUUUUACCUUAAACCUGAUUUCUCAGCCUUGACAAAGGGACAGGUUUGGAUUGAUGCAGGGACACAAAUAUUUUUUUCCUAUGCAAUUGGUCUUGGAGCACUAACAGCACUUGGAAGUUACAAUAAAUUCAACAAUGACUGUUACAGCCAAUGUGUCUUGAUUGCUGUUAUAAACAGCGGCACAAGCUUGUUUGCCGGGUUUGCUAUCUUCACAAUUCUUGGAUUCAUGGCCAAACAACAAGGUGUCCCUAUCGAAGAUGUGGCCAGUUCAGGUCCAGGCCUUGCAUUUAUAGCUUACCCAAGAGCUGUUGCAGAGAUGCCCUUGCCUCAUCUAUGGGCUGGACUCUUCUUCAUCAUGAUCAUUGUCUUAGGUCUCGACAGUCAGUUUGUUGCAUGUGAAGCCCUGGUCACAACUUGUGUAGAUCUCGCCCCAAGUUUGCUCAAAAAAUCACCGAAGCGUGAGAUUUUCAUGAUUAUUUACUUCGCCUUCUCAUUCCUACUUGGAAUCACCAUGACAACUAAUGGUGGCAUGUAUGUCUUCCAACUGUUUGACUAUUACUCUGCCAGCGGAUUCUGCCUUCUCUGGGUGUGUUUCUUUCAAGUCAUUGCCAUUGCCUGGGUUUAUGGUGGUCGACGUUUCUAUGGUAACAUAGAAGUGAUGAUUGGUUAUCGAAUUAAUCCCUGGUUGUUGGUAUGUUGGACUGUACUUGCACCCGUGGUUAUGGCGGGUGUGUUCAUAUUUAGUGCAGUCAAGUUUGAAGUUCUCACAUACAAUAAAUACUACAAGUAUCCACUAUGGGCACAGUCUUUAGGAAUCCUAAUGGCUGUGGCAUCCAUGAUACAAGUGCCUGUCUUCAUCGUGGUGAAUCUGCUCAAGGAAAAGGGAUCAUUUAUGGAACGUCUCAGAGAAGCAACAACGCCACGCUUAAAAAUCUCACAGUUGUCAUCUCAAGAAACAAGAGGCCCAAAGGCCUAG